AUGAGCUUCUGGAACUACGUGGUGACGGCACACAAGCCCACGGCCGUCUCCCACUCCUGCGUCGGCAACUUCACCAGUCCCCAGGAACUCAACCUCAUAAUCGCUAAAUGCACUCGCAUUGAGAUCCAUUUGCUUUCUGCUCAUGGUCUGCAGCCUAUGCUAGAUGUUCCCAUAUACGGAAGAAUUGCAACUCUGGAACUUUUUCGACCUCAUGGUGAAUCUCAGGAUCUCCUCUUUAUUGCUACAGAAAGAUACAAAUUUUGUGUGCUUCAAUGGGAUGGAGAAGCAUCAGAGCUAAUUACAAGAGCAAUGGGGGAUGUUUCUGAUCGUAUUGGUCGACCAACAGACAAUGGGCAGAUUGGCAUAAUUGAUCCUGAUUGUAGAUUGAUUGGACUCCAUUUAUAUGAUGGUUUGUUCAAGGUUAUACCGUUCGACAACAAAGGGCAAUUGAAGGAAGCAUUCAAUAUCAGACUCGAAGAACUUCAAGUCUUGGAUAUCAAGUUUCUUUAUGGGUGUUCAAAACCUACGAUUGCAGUCCUCUACCAGGAUAACAAAGAUGCCCGUCACCUUAAGACAUAUGAGGUUGCACUCAAGGAUAAGGAUUUUAUCGAGGGUCCAUGGUCGCAGAACAAUCUUGAUAAUGGGGCUGGUCUGCUAAUACCUGUUCCAUUGCCUUUAGGUGGUGUUAUUAUCAUUGGGGAGGAGACUAUCGUGUAUUGCAAUGGUUCUUCAUUUAAGGCUAUCCCUAUCAGACCGUCAAUUACCAGAGCAUAUGGCAGGAUUGACCCUGAUGGUUCUCGAUUUUUGCUUGGCGAUAAUUCUGGACUUUUAUAUUUACUUGUCAUCUCCCAUGAAAGAGAGAGGAUCACUGGGCUAAAAAUUGAGCACCUAGGAGAGACCUCAGUUGCAUCAUCAAUUUCAUAUCUUGAUAAUGCAGUUGUAUAUGUUGGUUCUAAGUAUGGAGAUUCACAGCUUAUCAAACUUAAUCUGCAACCAGAUGAAAAAGGCUCAUAUGUUGAAGUUCUUGAAAAAUAUGUCAAUCUUGGCCCAAUUGUUGACUUCUGUGUUGUGGACCUUGAGAGGCAAGGGCAAGGUCAGGUGGUCACUUGCUCAGGAGCAUAUAAAGAUGGUUCACUUCGUAUUGUUCGAAAUGGUAUAGGAAUAAAUGAACAGGCGUCAGUAGAACUUCAAGGUAUCAAAGGGCUAUGGUCUUUAAGAUCUUCUACUACUGAUCCAAAUGACACUUUCUUGGUGGUAAGCUUUAUCAGUGAGACACGUAUUUUGGCUAUGAAUAUGGAGGAUGAGUUAGAAGAAACUGAGAUAGAGGGCUUCUAUGCGCAAGCACAGACUUUAUUUUGCCAAAAUGCCUUGCAUGACCAGCUUGUUCAGGUUACUGCAAGUUCUGUUCGUCUUGUGAGCUGUACAUCCCGUGAGCUGCAAGAUCAAUGGAUCGCUCCUACUGGUUUUUCAGUUAAUGUUGCUACUGCAAAUGCUACUCAGGUUUUGUUGGCUAUUGGAGGUGGCCAUCUUGUUUAUCUUGAAAUUGGGGACGGAAAGCUGACUGAAGUAAAACAUAUACAAUUGGAAUAUGAGAUAUCAUGUCUAGACAUAAAUCCAAUUGGUGAAAAAGCUAAUUCUAGUGCUCUGGCAGUAGUUGGUAUGUGGACUGAUAUAAGCGUCAGAAUAUUUUCCCUACCGAGCCUGGAUCUUAUUACGAAAGAGAGCCUUGGUGGAGAAAUUAUCCCACGUUCUGUCUUGAUUUGUUCAUUUGAAGGAAUCUCAUAUUUGCUAUGUGCCCUUGGCGAUGGGCAUCUCUUCAACUUUUUAUUAAAUUUAGCUACCGGUGAGUUAUCUGAUAGGAAGAAGGUUUCUCUUGGAACACAGCCAAUCACUCUUCGAACAUUUUCAUCAAAGGAUACCACACAUGUGUUUGCUGCCUCUGAUAGGCCAACAGUUAUUUACAGCAGCAACAAAAAAUUGCUCUAUAGUAAUGUAAAUCUUAAAGAAGUCAGUCACAUGUGUCCAUUUAAUUCAGCUGCUUUUCCAGACAGUCUUGCAAUUGCAAAAGAAGGUGAACUUUCUAUUGGAACAAUUGAUGAUAUUCAAAAACUUCACAUUCGCUCGAUCCCGCUUGGUGAACAUGCUCGGCGUAUCUGCCAUCAGGAACAGUCUCGAACUUUUGCUAUAUGUAGUUUAAAAAAUUGUCUGAUUAACAAUGACGAGACAGAAGUUCAUUUUGUUCGUUUGCUGGAUGAUCAAACAUUUGAGUUCAUAUCAACUUAUCAAUUGGACACUUUCGAGUAUGGCUGCUCUAUAAUUAGUUGCUCCUUCUCAGAUGACAACAAUGUUUACUAUUCUGUUGGUACAGCAUACGUUUUACCUGAGGAAAAUGAGCCUACUAAGGGACGUAUCCUAGUUUUUGUAGUUGAAGAUGGUAAGCUACAACUAAUAGCUGAAAAGGAAACGAAAGGAGCUGUAUACUCCCUCAAUGCAUUCAACGGGAAAUUACUUGCUGCAAUCAAUCAGAAGAUUCAAUUGUACAAGCUGAUGCUUCGCGAGGAUGGAACACGGGAAUUGCAAUCUGAGUGCGGACAUCAUGGUCACAUACUUGCUUUAUAUGUCCAAACCCGAGGUGAUUUCAUUGUGGUUGGAGACCUGAUGAAGUCUAUUUCUUUGCUUCUAUAUAAGCAUGAGGAGGGCGCCAUUGAAGAACGAGCCCGGGACUACAAUGCAAACUGGAUGACUGCUGUUGAGAUCCUUGAUGAUGAUGUUUACCUUGGUGCUGAAAACAACUUCAACCUUUUCACAGUGAGAAGAAAUAGUGAUGGAGCCACUGAUGAGGAGCGUGGCCGUUUGGAAGUUGUCGGCGAGUACCACCUGGGCGAGUUUGUGAACCGCUUCCGGCACGGCUCCCUCGUUAUGCGCCUUCCAGACUCCGAAGCUGGCAACAUCCCCACUGUCAUCUUUGGCACCGUCAAUGGUGUGAUUGGGAUUGUGGCCUCUCUCCCUCAUGACCACUAUGUGUUCCUUGAGAAGCUUCAGUCCAAUCUUGUCAAAGUUAUAAAAGGCGUCGGUGGGCUCAGUCAUGAGCAAUGGAGGUCUUUCAAUAAUGAAAAGAAGACAGUUGAUGCAAGGAAUUUCUUAGAUGGUGACUUGAUAGAGUCCUUUCUGGAUCUCAGUCGUAGCAGGAUGGAAGAAAUUUCUAAAACAAUUGGGGUAUCAGUUGAGGAGCUUUGCAAGAGAGUUGAGGAGCUGACGAGAUUGCAUUGAAGGGGUGUCAUGGAGGAAAAUAUUGGCUGGCCACACUUUGGCAACUCUUGUAAGCCUUUUUUUUCUUAAAUGCUGUUGUUUCUGGUACAGGUAAAUUGAAAAUUUGUUCCAUGAAAGUUUGGUUUCUGUCCACUUUUGAAGUUAUGAUUGGGCGAAUU